AUGGGUUCAGGAGAUACCGAAACUGAUUCAGAAGUUACUGAUUCAGGUGACACUGAUGCAGGAGAUGCUGAUUCAGGUGACACUGAUGCAGGAUAUGCUGAUUCAGGUGACACUGAUGCAGAAGAUGCUGAAAUUGAUUCAGAGGAUGUUGAAAUUGAUUCAGAAGAUGCUGAAAUUGAUUCAGAAGAUACUGAAAUUGAUUCAGGUAACACUGAUUCAGGUGACACUGAUUCAGGAGAUACUGUUUCAAGUGACAAUUAUUCAGGUGAUAGUGACACUGAUGCAGGAGAUGCUGAUCCAGGUGACACUGAUGCAGGAGAUGCUGAAAUUGAUUCAGAAGAUGCUGAAAUUGAUUCAGAAGAUGCUGAAAUUUAUUCAGAAGAUACUGAUUCAGGUGACACUGAUGCAGGAGAUGCGGAAAUUUAUUCAGAAGAUGCUGAAAUUGAUUCAGAAGAUGCUGAAAUUUAUUCAGAAGAUAUUGAAAUUGAUUCAGGUGACACUGAUUCAGGAGAUACUGUUUCAAGUGACAAUUAUUCAGGUGAUAGUGACACUGAUGCAGGAGAUGCUGAUCCAGGUGACACUGAUGCAGGAGAUGCUGAAAUUGAUUCAGAAGAUGCUGAAAUUGAUUCAGAAGAUGCUGAAAUUUAUUCAGAAGAUACUGAUUCAGGUGACACUGAUGCAGGAGAUGCGGAAAUUUAUUCAGAAGAUGCUGAAAUUGAUUCAGAAGAUGCUGAAAUUUAUUCAGAAGAUAUUGAAAUUGAUUCAGGUGACACUGAUUCAGGAGAUGCUGAAAUUGAUUCAGAAGAUGCUGAAAUUUAUUCAGAAGAUACUGAUUCAGGUGACACUGAUGCAGGAGAUGCGGAAAUUUAUUCAGAAGAUGCUGAAAUUGAUUCAGAAGAUGCUGAAAUUUAUUCAGAAGAUAUUGAAAUUGAUUCAGGUGACACUGAUUCAGGAGAUACUGUUUCGGGAGAUACUGAUUUAGGAGAUACUGAUUCAGGAGAUACUCAUUCAGAUGGAAUAUCUGAUUUAGCACUAGGUGAUAUCGAUACAGAUAAAGAUGAAACUGAAAUGCAUGAAACUAUGCAAAGUUCAUAGAU